AUGGAUCGAGAUUUAGAACAGGCUCUGGAUCGCACAGAGAAUAUCAUUGAAAUUGCCCAACAGAGACCUCCUAGAAGGACAUACUCACCUAGGGCGGGAAAAACUCUGCAGGAAAAACUUUAUGACAUUUAUGUUGAAGAAUGUGGAAAAGAACCUGAGGAUCCUCAGGAAUUGAGAAGCAAUGUAAACUUGUUAGAAAAGCUUGUUAGGAGAGAGUCCUUGCCAUGUUUACUGGUCAAUCUAUACCCAGGCAAUCAGGGGUAUUCUGUGAUGCUCCAGAGAGAAGAUGGGUCCUUUGCAGAGACCAUUCGGCUGCCUUAUGAAGAAAGGGCAUUGCUGGACUACUUGGAUGCAGAAGAAUUACCCCCUGCUUUGGGUGAUGUCCUGGAUAAAGCUUCGGUUAACAUUUUUCAUAGUGGGUGUGUCAUAGUAGAAGUUCGUGACUACAGGCAGUCCAGUAAUAUGCAACCUCCUGGUUACCAAAGCAGGCAUAUUCUCCUACGUCCAACGAUGCAGACUUUAGCCCAUGAUGUGAAGAUGAUGACAAGAGAUGGCCAGAAAUGGAGCCAGGAAGACAAGCUUCAGCUUGAGAGCCAGCUGAUCUUAGCGACAGCUGAACCACUGUGUCUCGAUCCUUCUGUAGCAGUUGCCUGCACUGCAAACAGGCUGCUGUAUAACAAGCAAAAGAUGAAUACCAACCCGAUGAAACGGUGCUUCCAGAGGUAUUCGUGGCCCUCUGUAAAGCCACAGCAGGAGCAGUCUGACUGUCCACCUCCUCCUGAGCUGAGAGUGUCGACUUCUGGCCAAAAAGAAGAAAGAAAAGCAGGUCAGCCUUGUGAGCUGAACAUUGCUAAAGCAGGAAGUUGUGUAGAUACGUGGAAAGGCAGACCCUGUGAUUUGGCCGUGCCUUCAGAAGUGGAUGUGGAGAAACUUGCUAAAGGGUAUCAGUCCGUCACAGCUGCUGACCCACAGCUCCCAGUCUGGCCAGCCCAGGAGGUAGAAGACCCUUUCGGAUUUGCGUGGGAAGCUGGCUGUCAGGCCUGGGACACCAAGCCAAGCAUCAUGCAGUCGUUUAAUGAUCCGCUUCUCUGUGGUAAAAUACGGCCACAUAAAAAAGCCAGGCAGAAGAGCCAGAAGUCUCCCUGGCAGCCCUUCCCAGAUGACCAUUCAGCUUGUCUCAGGCCUGGGUCAGAGACUGAUGCUGGGAGGGCAGUGAGUCAGGCCCAGGAAUCGGUGCAGAGCAAAGUCAAAGGUCCAGGCAAGAUGUCACACAGCUCCAGUGGCCCAGCCAGUGUCAGUCAGCUCUCUUCAUGGAAAACACCAGAACAGCCUGAUCCUGUGUGGGUCCAGUCUUCAGUAUCGGGGAAGGGAGAGAAACAUCCACCUCCCCACACCCAACUUCCCUCAAGCUCAGGAAAGAUUUCCUCAGGUAACAAUUUUCCCCCACAACAGGCAGGCAGCCCUCUUAAGUGUGCAUUUCCUGCUGCUGCUGCUGUUGCUGCUGCUGCUGCUGCUGCUGCUGCUGCUGCUCCUGCUCCUGCUCCUGCUUUAGCUGCUGCUGCUCCUGCUCCUGCUCCUGCUGUAGCUGCUGCUGCUGCUGCUCCUGCUCCUGCUGUAGCUGCUGCUGCUGCUGCUCCUGCUCCUGCUGUAGCUGCUGCUGCUGCUGCUCCUGCUGCUGCUGUAGCUGCUGCUCCUGCUGCUGCUGUAGCUGCUGCUCCUGCUGCUGCUGUAACUGCUGCUCCUGCUGCUGCUGCUUCUGCGGCACCAAGUCAUUCUCAGAAGCCCUCUGUGCCUCUCAUUCAAGUUAGCAGGCCCUGUCCAGCUGCCCAGCCCCCCACCAAAUUCAUAAAAAUAGCGCCAGCCAUUCAGUUGAGGACAGGCUCCACUGGCCUAAAGGCCAUCAAUGUGGAGGGCCCAGUCCAGGGAGCCCAGGCUUUGGGGAGCAGUUUCAAGCUUAUGCAGGCCCCUGGAUCGGGUGGCCCGGCUCCUGCAGGAAUCAGUGGCAGUGGCCUUCAGUCCUCAGGAGGUCCAGUACCAGAUGCAAGGCCCGGUGCAGUGCAGGCAUCUUCUCCAGCACCCCUUCAGUUUUUCCUAAAUACUCCGGAAGGUCUCAGGCCUCUCACACUCCUCCAGGUUCCGCAGGGCUCGGUGGUUCUGACGGGCCCGCAGCAGCAGUUCCAUCAGCUGGUUCCCCUGCAGCAGCUCCAGCAGCCCACAGCUGCUCACCUUCCUCAGCCAGGGCCACAGGGUUCCGCACUAGGUUUGAGCACGCAAGGGCAGGCCUUCCCUGCUCAGCAACUUCUUAAUGUGAACCUCACUGGAGCAGGUAGUGGUCUGCAGCCCCAGCCCCAGGCUGCUGUGUUGAGUCUGCUUGGCUCUGCCCAGGUUCCUCAGCAGGGUGUCCAGCUCCCCUCUGUCUUGAGGCAGCAGCAGCAGCCACAGCCACAGCCGCCGAAGCUGCAACUGCAACCGCAGCGGCAGCCACAGCCACGGCAGGAGCAGCCACAGUCGCAGCAGCAGCAGCCGCAGCAUAUCCAGCUCCAGACUCAGCAGUUGAGAGUCCUGGAGCAGCCAGUGUUUUUGGCAACAGGCGCUGUUCCGAUAGUGCAGCCGCAUCCAGGUGUGCAAGCAGGGAGCCAGUUGGUAGGUCAGAGGAAGGAAGGCAAGCCAACCCCUCCAGCGCCCUGA